UGUCGUGCUAUGACAACGUCACUGCUCCUCCGUCCUCGCUGGGUCGACCCAUCGGUGAUGUUCCUCUACGACAACGGCGGGGUUUCCGAUGAAGUGAGUAAGAACAUGGACGGCGGUUUUGCUGGAGGUAACUUUGCGGCGAACCAAUGCAGGAAUCUGAUGGCGCAUCCAGCGUCGUUGGCACCGAGCACUGCAUACUCGUCGACUGAUGUCCCCACUUCGGGCAUGGGCGAGCCAGCAAAGCAGUGCAGCCCAUGUUCGGCCGCGCAGAGCUCGUCAAGUGCGUCCCUGCCCUAUGGAUAUUUCGGUAGUGGCUACUAUCCGUGCAGAAUGUCUCAUCACAGCAGCAUUAAGUCGUGCGGCACUCAACCCCCCUCUGUGUACGGGGAGAAGUACAUGGACACAUCCGGAUCGGCCGAUGACUUCAACUCUCGGGCAAAAGAGUUCGCCUUCUAUCCAAGCUAUGCCUCAGGCCCCUACCAGCCAGUGUCUGGCUACCUGGACGUGCCCGUGGUGCCAACCAUGAGCGGGCCAGCAGAAGCCAGACACGAAACCCUUCUGCCUAUGGAGAGCUAUCAGCCGUGGACUCUCACCACUAAUGGCUGGAACGGACAAGUCUACUGUGCCAAGGAGCAGCCACAGCCCGGCCACAUGUGGAAAUCAUCAAUAUCAGACACAGUGUCUCAUGCUGGAGGGGACGCAGGCUCCUACAGACGUGGAAGAAAGAAGCGCGUGCCAUACACCAAGGUGCAACUGAAGGAACUAGAACGCGAGUACGCCGCCAAUAAAUUUAUUACGAAGGACAAACGAAGGAGGAUAUCAGCACAGACGAACCUAUCCGAACGACAAGUCACUAUCUGGUUUCAAAACAGACGCGUAAAGGAAAAAAAGGUCGUUACUAAAGUGAAAACCAUCAGCUAGUUUUGACGAACAACGAUUGGAAUUAAAUGCCCCCCCCCCCCCCCAACACACACACACACACACACACACACAAGCUCACUCCGCUUUUCGAUUUGAAGAACAAACAUUCUGUGGACAUGUUUCACAAAUGUCUACUUAGCCAAAUGAGUUACUGGACCUAUUUGGACCUAAAAUAGGCACAUGACGCUGUACCUUCCCUGUUGUAAAAUAUUGUUAUGAUGUGUGAAGUUCAUAUCAAGAGGAAUGGAGUGUAUGGUUUUAUGCGACUUUUAUGGCAUGCAGUAGUAGCCAAAACCUAAGCUCAGGAAAGCAGACAUCCAGUGGUCUAGGCCUUUGUGGUGUAGCUACCUUUUAUUUGUAGCUUUAUUCAGUGGUUUGAAACCCCACAGGAAGUGACGGACUUUAGAAUUUUAGACCUCCUUGUUAAAUAUUAAUCGAUUCCACUUCCCUUUAAAAUAUAGACUUGUGCUUACGAAGUUCAGACCCGACGUUCUCGAUCACAUCGAAUCCAUGGAUCAAUUAUUCUUGUUGUGCAUAGAUAAUCGUCUGGGAACUGUAUGUUCGUGAACCAUAGCUUUUAUAUUGUGUGUGUGUAUUAAUGUGGAUGUAUAUAAAAGUAAAUGCAGACUUGAUAUCUAGUAUGUUAAGGCUAUAUAUGUGUUAGUAAAAUCAUGUCGAUAUGAAAGUAUUACAACAAAAAUCCGUCCUAAUAAAACAUGGACCUUGCUGAAUUAGCCUAAUGACCUCUACUUUGACUGUAACCAGAAUCUUUAUACACACUAAAUUGGUACAAAUGUCUAUAAUUUGGCAAAUGUAUCUAUUUAUGUAAAUGGUAUAAUUAUUACGUGUAAAAAAAGUAGGGGAAGCCCAUAUAUAUUGGCCUAAGUAAACAGAAAUGUGUGGGCGUUAAAGCGGGCUGGUCGAAAUUACUUUAAACGUAAUUAUAUCUGGAUGUGAUAACAUAACCAACUGUUGAUGUUUCUAGUCUGACUAUAUCUUGAAACAUUUCACUUUAACAAGAGAGGAAUUGUGUCUUUAGUUAGACUGUGCAGAAUUAUAAGCCAACAUUGCCAUCCAGUGGUGGACUGUAAACCCUGUAACCUUUUUCAAACUUGACUUUUCGAUACGCCAAUGCCAUGUUACGCCACUGAACGCCGUCUACCACUGUUAAAUUUAUACUAAUACCACCAUCACUGCUACUAAUAUUUUUCAAAAAAUAAAAAUGAGCGGUGUUCAUGCUUUAGAUUAUUUAAAUACGACUCAUGUUCGUAUAGGUCUAUUAAUGGCAUGAAGGCCUGU